GGGCAGCGCGGCCGCCGGGGCCCCUGAGACCCGCCGUGCCCCGGCCAGGCUCCGGCGCGGCCCCGGCGCCGCCGCCAUGGAGCUGGAGCCGCCCGCAGAGCUCCCCGAGCCCCGCGCCACCGCCAAGGGGCCGCCCCGCAACGGAUUCUGUCGAGAUCCUCCCACAGAGCACGAUCCAUCCACUACUACAGAUGUGGAGCAGAUGAGCUCUUCUCCUGUCCUUCCUAUGAACUCCAUGGGCAAUGAGCGGGUGGAUCAGCGAACCUGCCUGAUCUGCGGGGACAGGGCAACAGGGCUGCACUAUGGGAUCAUCUCCUGCGAGGGCUGCAAGGGGUUCUUCAAAAGGAGCAUCUGCAACAAGCGGGUUUACAGAUGCAGUCGAGACAAGAACUGCGUCAUGUCACGCAAGCAGCGCAACAGAUGCCAGUACUGCCGGCUCCUCAAAUGCCUCCAGAUGGGGAUGAACCGGAAAGCAAUCAGAGAGGAUGGCAUGCCAGGAGGCAGAAACAAAAGCAUUGGACCUGUCCAGAUAUCAGAGGAAGAGAUUGAAAGAAUUAUGUCUGGGCAAGAAUUUGAGGGAGAGGCAAACAUGUCAUGGAGCAACAAUGGAGACAGCGACCAUAGUUCCCCUGGAAAUGGAGUUUCUGAGAGCAACCAGCCUUCACCUGUUUCUACUCCAUCUUCAAGUAGGUCUGUGGAGCUGAAUGGAUUCGCUGCACUCAGGGAUCAGUACAUCGGGACGCCGGUGUCCACGCACUAUCAGUACCUCCCGCACCUUUUUAGCUACUCUGCUCACUCGGCUCUGAUGCCCCCCCAGACACGCAGCUUGGACCCCCAGUCGCACAGCCUCAUCAAUCAGUUAGUGUCAGCAGAGGACCUGGAGCCGCUCGGCACGCCGAUGCUUAUCGAGGACGGGUAUAAAGUGACUCAGGCAGAGCUGUUUGCGCUGUUGUGUCGUCUGGCGGAUGAAUUGCUUUUCAGGCAGAUUGCUUGGAUCAAGAAGCUGCCGUUCUUCUGUGAACUCUCCAUCAAGGACUAUACCUGCCUGCUCAGCUCUACAUGGCAGGAGCUGAUCCUGCUGUCCUCGCUGACUGUUUACAGCAAACAGAUAUUUGGUGACCUUGCAGAUGUCACCUCUAAGUACUCUCCCUCUGAUGAUGAGCUACACAGAUUCAGUGAAGAGGGGAUGGAGGUGAUGGAGCGACUGAUCUACCUCUUUCGCAAAUUUAACCAGUUGAAGGUCAGCAACGAGGAGUAUGCCUGCAUGAAAGCCAUUAACUUCCUAAAUCAAGACAUCAGGGGUCUGGCCAACGCAUCCCAACUGGAGCAGCUGAAUAAGCGGUACUGGUAUGUCUGCCAGGACUUCACUGAGUACAAAUACCCACACCAGCCGAACCGUUUCCCGGAUUUGAUGAUGUGUUUGCCAGAGAUACGAUACAUUGCAGGAAAAAUGGUGAAUGUCCCCCUGGAGCAGCUGCCUCUCCUUUUUAAAGCCGUUCUACAUUCCUGCAAGACAAGCGUGAGCAAAGAGUGAGCCCAGCUCGCCCCGGCUGGUGCCUCACACUGUGUCUCGGGCAGGGAGCUGGCUCACCUUGAGAAAGGGGCAAGCACGAUCCAGGCAGGAGACAGAUGGGGCAGUGGGCAGCCCUGCCAUUGUAGCAAGAAUCUUUUUUGUUCAUUUUGGUUUUGUUUUGGUUUUUUUUUUUAACUCUUUUUCCUAUAUAUUUAUUUCACGACAGAGUUGAAUGUAUGAUCUUCAACACAAUGCACAUGGUUCUGUAUGAAUGCGACAUGCAUUCUCCAGCGGUUUACAGAAUGUGAAGAUGUUUAAUGUUACAGUGUUUGUUAGGGUUAGUUCUUUUGUAUUUGGGGGGCUGGGGACUGAGAUGACUAAGACUACCUCAAGGAGAAGAUGCUGUUCAUGCACUGCUCUUUCUGUGAUUUGUAUCCAAAAGCGUUUGUUGUGGAGGACAAACGGCCUCAUCGCAUUGACAGCGCUGUUAGUGCCCUAGAUGGACAGUUUGGAGAAGUGGGUGUUAGAGAAGUGCCAAGCUUUUCCCUUUAAAUAACGAUUUUUAAAGGCAAGAAGUGGAGAAGGAAAGGUCUGUCUAGCCAGUUGGUUUCUCUUUCUCUGGCAGGUUUCACUUGUAACUGAUAGCUCCUAUGGCUUCCCUGAGUCUUAUCACAGCGACAUUGUAGUGAGGGGCUUGCUGCCCCAGCUCCUCCUGGGAGCUGCAGAGUGGGCUCUGCCCCCAGCCUACCCAGCUGCCCUCUCACCACCACUGCACACCUCUCCUUUCGACUAAAAGCAUGCAGCUGCUGUUCAUAGCAGGCUCCUGGUGUUACAGACAUGUAGUCUUGUUGCUAGAGAACUGCAGGUAAUUUCUCAUCACUUCCUUAACAUCCAUUUUAAGUUCACAACAGCAGGAAAAACCUACUUAGAGAUGAGUCAGGAUUGCCCCUUUUAGUGUAUUCCUCCAAGGUGGUAUCUGACUACUGAGGAGGCUUCUGCAUUGCAGCAAUCCCAAGCACCCCAUUUCUGGGAGCAGUUAACAUACACUGUGGUUAAAUGUGACCUCUGUAAUAGGGUAAGGGACUUCAGUGUCAUCUUUCAGGGCUUUCUCUGCUGGACUCAGGGAAUGCAUGAUCUAUAGUCAUAAACUGACAGAAUUGUUCUGCUGCUGUCACAAAAAAAUAGUUUUAGUGUGGUAUCUGUUUAAGUGUUCUGGCCUAGGUAUUGCAAGGUUUGCCAUCUCACAACCUCCACACUGUUCUACUGCAUGGAGAAAUGAUUUGAUGACAACAGGGUAGCUGUUGAGUAAUUGGCUAGUGUAUGAAUUUGGGUAUUCUCAUAAGCCACCUUAUGGCUUCCUGUUUGUGGUGGGGAGGUUGGAUGAGAUGGUUUUGUUCUCAUCUCCUUCACAAAGAAUUAACAUUCAAAGACUCAAUCACUAUCCUAGGCAGCUGUGUUCCUCUGGCUGGAUUUCCUUCCGUGUGUCCUUAGAUGUGAAUGUGAUGUUUAUGUAGCAAGAAGGUUCAUCAAAAUUUUUUUGAAUGCUCUUUUAAAAAUAUUUUGGAAAGCAACUUCUGUUCCUCCAAGGUAGGAGGGACCAGUGGUGCUUUUUUUCUUGUCCUGGUGACAACUGUGUGGCACAAAGCAUACCGCUCAGGAGUGGAGACACUGCUGUCGGACGAAUGUGAUGGUGAUCAGGAGAAAAAUGUCAUUCACCAAAGUCGUCUUUCCUUCCCCUUCACCCAAUGGGCACUGCCUCAGUUGCAGCCCAGGAAAUGCUAUGACUUGGCUUGGCACCUCUCUUGGUGAUCAGCAGCUGGGCUGUGUCCUGGGUGCUGACCACUGCGGUCAGAGUUCUCCUUGGAGCUUCUCUGCUGGCUGACCAUGGACCCAUGAUGGCAUUGCCAUGAUUGCAGUCCUGCUUGGGCAUCUUCCAGCUCAAUGGUUUCCCUUCUCUAGAAGUCCACUAGCUGCUUAUUUUUCAUUAUUUAAAUAGGAUGUUACGGGUAACAGCUGCUGGGCCCAGCAGCAGUUCAGCUUGAUAGAGCUGCACCAUACAAAGGUGGUUCUGUCAAUCUCAUUUCCUUUAUGACUGUCAAAAGAGACAAGCACGUAGUUCUCAGGAAAGCCUUCUGCAUACAGCCUAUACCUCAAGUGUAAAUGGGAAGAUUUUAGUCUAUCUGUUUGUAAGUUAGAAAGUCUUUCUCAGCUUUUAAGUUUAAUUUCCAAAUAGCUUGAUAUGAUCUUUUUAUUACGGGUUAUCCUCUGGCUCGCUGUUUUAUACACUCAAGGAAUCAUUAAAAUUGCAUAGGAGUAAUUUUAUUCUACAGUUACUGAAUGAUUGUAAUCUGCUGAUGACUAAGAGUUUGUUUUAAUUAGUGUACAUAAAAGUGCUCAUCUUAUUGCCAAAUACCCAACCAAAAAAUAAUCUAUUUGAUAUUCUGUCUUUAUCCAAAAUAGACUCCCAAGACUGAUGCUAUACCAAAAAAUAGGAAAACCUAAAUUCAUUUAUGAUGAUGAACCAACAAAAAUGUUCUACUUUCUGUUGUAUACAGCAAAUUUUGCAAAGGUUGAUUGGCAGCAGAAUCUGUUAGCAAAUAACCUUUCCAUGGUAGGGAAUAGAAAAGCCUUGCUGAAGUGACAGGUGAGGCAGAAGCUCAUGUACUGAACCAGAAUCUAACUCACUGGACAGUUGUUCUCAAUAUCUUCUGCACCAAGUCCUCUAAUGACUUGUAUUUUUUAAACAGGGUAAAGUGAAUGUGUUGCAUUGCAAACUCAGGUAUGAUGAGAAGGUAGGAACGUAGCUAGAGAUGUAGAGAUGUUAGGUCAGUUGCUAGAUGUAUUUGUGAAUUUGGUUUGAAGGACACCCUGGAAAGGUUGGGAUUUUUGUUCCAUUCUUCACGUAACAUUCGGUUUACAGGGACUCAUAUUUUAUUUGUGCUUAAUGCUUGUAGGGGGAAGUUCAUUAUCUUUGGUAUCUAUCUGCUCUUGCUUAUCUGACCUUCUGUCAUAGAGGAAUCAAUCAACAGUAAUAGUCUUUGGUAGAAUUUUCUGCCAUGACAAGUCAAUUUUUAUCCCCGAUUUGAAAGAUAAAUUGGCUGACUGACCCCCUCCUCUCCUUCAUAGCAUUUGUGCAGAUGGAGAGCUGAAGAGUUACUUUUAAUCUGAACAGAGAUUUGGGACAUAAAUUUGAAGUGCUCAGGCUCACAUGUUCAGUGGGACUCUGCUAAGGUAUCCCAGUUGCUGUCUUACAGAUUGAAGCUUUUCACUCAAAGCAAAAAUCACUGCUGCCUGCAGAUGGGUCUCAAGGGGCAAGACCCCAGGACCUGAACAAAAGCUUUCUGAAAGUGACUGGGUUUCUUCCAUUGCCUGCCUUUGGGCCAGGUAUCUGUCCUGUGACCUGAGCCUUGACCCCACAAUGUGUGUCCUUGUCCUCAGCAUGCCUGGCUCCUCAAAAGGGUUGGAGGGAUGACCAGGAUGUGCAGAGGUGCCAGGUAGCUCAGAGCUGGUGGGCUCUGAGCACAUCAGCAAGACCUAAGUCUGCAGCUGUUCUGCAUACACAGCAGCUGCUUUCUAAUCAUUAGUAAUGCCCAUGGCAUUGGUCACUCUCAUCUCAUGCCUGCUGGCCCGCAGAGCUCAGCAGAGACACAGCUUUGGGUUUCCAGGCUGCAGCUCUGGAUUUUUCUUUAAUACUUAAAUCCUGAGCUCUUGGUGUUUCUUGUCUCACAAGGGCCAAAGGAGAAGGCAGUGUUUGCAGGGUGAUCAGCAGGGCAGUCAGUUGGAUUGCCAGUGACAGGAAAACCAGUACAGGAUUCCUGCUGCCCCAGUAACACCCAUUUUCUAAGUGCUGUGGGGUUGCUUUGAGUGAGCCUGUAAGGGCACACAAGCCUGGCUCCUGGGCACUGUGGUGUUUUGGCAGGGCACAUCUGGACAUUUUGACAUGCUCUUGUUCACUGGGGGGGGCCUGGAUAGUCAUGCCUUGACCCUGCUGUUGCCCAUGCAAUGGCUCCAGUUGAGUGCUUGCUGCUCCACCCUACCUCUGCCAUGCAUGGCAUGCCCAACCCUUGCUCUUCAGGCUUCUGCACAGACCUGUAGCCACCUCAGGUUAAGAAAUUUAAGUCUUGUCCUUCAAACCAACCUUUUUUUUUUUAAAAAAAAAAAAAAAAAAAAAAAAAAAACACAACAAAAACCAACCAAAAAACCCAACAAACUUGAAUUUAUUUUAUCUUUACUACAUUUUAACAAACAAAAAAAGAUUCUCCUGUGAAUGUGUUAUUUACCAUUCAUCCUUUCUUCUUUCUUGGAUUUGAUUUGAAGCUAUGAAGCUUGGUGUCUGUGAAAAUGUUGUUAUUUCUCAGGAUAAUAAGCGGCAAUCAUCCCUGCCACGUAAAAGGCAGGAGAAAGGGGGAAACUUGGGGAACUAGUUUAAGUAUGAAACUAAUUUUUAAUGUGUAGAUGAUGUGUAAAUCAAGAGUAACACGUAGGAUGCCAGUAUCAAGCUGUGGUGUUUCUCUGGGUUCAUGGUGUGUUGUUUGCAAUACACACAAGCUCAGGGAUAAGUAUUUAAAAUGCGACCCAGAGAAGCCCUAGUUUUGAUGUUGCAACAGUUGCUUCUUUCAUGACUUGUUUGGAGGACCCAUUGGAAGCUGAAUUCCCCAUAUGGAGAUUUUUUGGGGGUAAAACUUCCAGUUUGACUUCUGGAAAGUUUGCCUGGAUGUGGUUUGAUGGCAAAGGCAUCCUGAGGCUGCAUGUUGACACUAGGGUUGUUGCAAGGCACUGGUGAGGGGAGCUGCAGCGCGCUUUGCCCUCACAGAGACUAGCAGCUAUCACUGGGGGAAAUGGUGAGGUGUAAAAUGCCAUCAGUUUUGGUAACUUCACACUUUCACUGAAGGCAUGUCAGCCUCUAAGAUUACAUUUCCCCAUUACCUCAUCCUUCUGCCCUCAGUGUUGAAUGUGUUGGAGUGUUUGUGGAAAAGAGGGAAAUGGGAAUUUCUCAGUAUGUCCCCAACAGUCAGUCCUGAUGUUCUGUACUCGGUGUGCUGCUUAUGAAUUCUUGUUUUCCAGUCACUAUAACUUUCUCGCUGUGAGUCAGUAAGGUUGUGGACUCAGAAUGCUUGAGAAGGGUACUGAAAUGUGAAAUGAGUUCAGCUACAGCUGCCAGGAGCAUCCAAAUGGUCCCAUCCAGCUCAGUUCAGCCACAGGCAGUGCCGGCGCUGAGCAAGAGUCAGAAAAGUGUGCAGAACUGAGCCCACCUUGCCAGCAGCCUCACUGGCUGGGAUCUGCAAAUCCGAGUUUAAACAAGCCCUGCAAAAAGCUGAUGAGACCAAUCCAGGCAAUAUCUUCCCCUUGAAAGAAACGUAAUUCAGAAAGAGCUCCUGCAUAGCUGACUUCUAACAAGUCUAUGAAAGAAGCAACAUGGUUCAGUGGAAGAAGUGCCCCCAAGGGCCAAAAGAAACAGAAAUUGAAACCAGAUGAAGAUCAACCUUAACAGAGCCUUUUGUGAUUCAUUGUUUUCUUUCAAUUUAUAAAAUGUCUUGUAAUAGUUGAUAACAUUAUUGACUCAAUUUCCAUAACAAAACUACCUCGUGUGACAUCCUGUUUAUCAUCUCAAAGGGAUUGUGUGAAAAACAAAAUACUGCCAGUGUUUGUUGCCUGUGAAGAACAGGGGCUGUUGUGGAUGGGUUUUUUUACCCUUCCGUGGGCUCUGGCUUAGCUCCUCUUACUGCCGCAGCAUUUUGACCUGUGAGUGAUGGUCUUGGCUUUGCAUCCCACUGGACAGGCACUGGGUUCAGCACCAGUGUGCCAUGGUAAUGAUCACUCUGUUCACUGCAUGGGCAAUGUGCUGUGGCUGUGGCCUUCUGCCCCAGCACAGCAAGGCAGAAGUCAGUGAGACUGUAAGGCAAGGCUGAGCUCUGGUAUACCUCCUGAAUCCUCACCCUACAGCAGUGAGGCAGGAUAUGGCGCUUGCCAGUUGUUUUCUGUUGAUGCCCAUCUAGUCACGGGCCUGGUUCCAACUCUGCCCUGGUGCAGAUGCAGUGCAGAGGCUGCUUUUGUAGCCUGGGGUCUUAAAGCCCUCACCCCCAUGUCUUGGCUGUAAACAUGCUGGGCAGUUCAAGGAGGACGCAGGUUUGGCUUGCUGUGUCAGCCUAUUGCUGGCUUGCGAGUGAUUUUCAAGAUGAGUUGGUCCCAGUCUUUGGGUCCUUUCCCUGAUGUUCCAGGCAAUGGAUUUUCCCUGUAAAACACUUCAUUUUUCCCACAAUCCCUUGCAUAAAUCAGGGAAGCAGGAUGUUGCCUCGGCAUGACACACGGUGAGCGUUGGCACGCUCAGAGCUGUGGCUGGGGCAGGAGAGUGUGUCUGGCUGCUGCCACCCUCACCCCAGAGCACCCGAGGAGGAGUGGGCACCACACUGCACCUCUUGGGACCUGCCCUUCCAUCACUAACGCUAUGACCAAAUGAAUGUUUCUGCUGGCAUGUCUCGGGCGUGCCGUGGCACAGCCGGUCCCCAUCACAUGGUGGGGCCGGUGCGGGUCCAUGUCAGCCCGGCCUGCCCCUGCUCCGCUGCUCUGCUUUGUGACUUGACUACCUGUGGAAAUGUGACCAAUAAGUGUUGAACGCAUGUUUAGCAAGUGUUAGCUGUAUGAACUAAUAAAUGUGAAUUGUUCUGCA